GCAGACCUGCAAAACGUCAUGAGCAUCCAGCAGAGACAGGGCAUUGCACCCACCUGGAUGCUGCAUCAGUUGGAGGCCUUGGAGUCAGAUUGUGACGGCCUGGAGCGGCGCUGGCGGCAGGUGCAAGGGCAGCGAAAAGGGGAGGAGCAUCGAUUGAUCCAGAGGCUCCGCUCUGAGCACGAGAGCCAGCUUCAAGAGCUAGGCCGCUUGAGAGAGACGAUCAAGGAGAGCAAGGAGGAGAAGCCAUCCCCGCCCAGCCUCGAGCCCUUGGAACAAGAGGCAGCAGAGUUGCGCCGUGAGAUUGAAGAACUCCAGCGGAGGAAGCAUGCUGAAGAGGCACAUGCCGAGCAACAACGCUUGGCCCUCAAGGUCGAGAUCGGUUCAUUGCAGGAGCAGCUUCAACAGACUCUGUCUCAAAAGUCGGUGAUGGAGGACGUGGUUGAGGGGCUGAAGAGCUCUCACAGUGCCACGGCAGACUCUUCCCGGGAGGUGCGAGAACUUCAACAGCACCAGGAGUUCUUGGAGAAGGAGUGUGUGCGCUCUGAGCGGAGGAUCAUAAUCCUGGAUGAGAAGAUAGACAGUCUGAGCAAAGAGGCUGAAGACCUGAGGCAGCGCGCUACAGUUGUUCUGAGUGCCUUGCCAGAUGCACAAGACUCGGAGGCGUGUGGUCUGCAGCACAAGCAGCGACAGGUGCAAGAAUUACGUCGUGAACAAGCUCAGCUGCAGAAGGAGCAGGAGGCGGCCGACCAAGAGUUUGAGGCUGCGAAGGUGGAAGCCUCCGUCCUAGAGAGGAAGAUUCGGUCCCUUGGAGCUCUGCCAAGUGAUCGCUGAAGAUGGAGGCCGUUUUUGAGGUGGUGAUCCAGCAGCUCCAAUCCAAGAUGGUGUGAAGGCGCGGGCCAUGAAGUUGAACGCCUGAGAUCGUUCCCGUGGUGAACUUCGACUUGGAGAGUGGUCCCCUCACAUCCCUGCGGCAAAAGUCUGCACCAUGCACCACGAGAUGUCGAGCCACUGUCGCAAGAUGUCAA